AUGUUUCCGAGCACAUAUGUGUCGCCGCUCGGUCAAAUGUCGCAAAAGUCUGCAAGACAGCGAGUGUCGGUAGCUUGCACCGCAUGCCGAAUUAGAAGAACCCGGUGCGAUGGCCAGUUGCCGGAAUGUGGAACAUGUUGCCGAACCAGGAAACAAUGUGAAUAUCCUUAUGAGACAGAAAGGCGCAAACCACCGACGAAGCGCUACAUAGAGGCGCUCCACGCGCGUAUCGAAUUACUUGAACAACAACUGCAAAGUCAACAGCAACCUGGACACCCAGCUGCCGCGCCCGGCUUCAUUGACAGACAUCAUGAUCAAGCCGCUCGUUUGGGCGACCAGGAAUUCCAAUCGACCAUUCCACCCGCCGAGCGGACAGAUCCCGAAGCUUCUGCAGACGGUGAUCCUGUAGGUGACCUGAUAGACACUGUCGGUCAGUUGAGCAUUGCAGAGGACGGUCAACUUCGGUAUUUCGGUGCGCCGAGUUACUUCAAUCUGCUUCGAAGUGCCCCUCACGUCACAACGACCAGCCCCGAGCAGGACAAUCACGGGCGGGAUAUUCCCAUACCCGGAAAUUAUUUAGACAUCGGCCUGUCCCUCCAGUCGCAAAAACAUCUCUUGGAUUUGUACUGGAGGUGGCAGAACCCGUGGCAGUACUUGGUGCACCGGACCGCCUUCAGCAGAGCGGUGGAGCGUGGAAUAUAUGACGACUAUUGUACACCGCUUCUGCUCCGCUGCAUACUUUCUCUGGCAGCCAGGUAUUGCGACCACCCUGAGGCUCGCUUGGACCCAGGUGAUGGAAAUACUGCGGGAGAACUGCUAGCUAUUCAGGCCAAAGACAUUUUGAGCAUCGAGAUCGAACAUCCGUCUACGUCGACAGCUGCGGCACUUGCAAUAAUGGCGCUCCGAGAGAUGUCGGUGAAUAAAGAGAGCUUGGGGUGGACAUACAUUGGUAUGGCUGUGCGCAUAGCAUACAAUCUCGGACUGAAUUUGGAUUGUCAAAAGUGGGUUGAUCAAGGAAAGAUUUCGGAGGAGCAGGCCGAGAUUCGCAGAAUUACUUGGUGGGGUUGCUAUCUUUUGGACAAGCUGUUCACCAUCGGACUUGGACGUCCUAGUAUGAUAUGCGAGAGGGACAUCACCGCACCGAAACCGGCUUUGCUCAAGGAAGAGGAGUUCGUUCCUUGGAAAACAAACGAGGGCGAGCUGCCAACGGAAGCUCCUGCUUCUCGAUGUGUGACGACGAUGCGAUACAUCACCACAAUAUUCCAGCUCGCAUGCCCGGCACUGGAUGAGAUAUACGCCCCGAAUAGCGAGCUUUCCUGGGCUGAAAAGGAGGAGCUGGUUGCGAAGACUUAUGUCGAUCUGACAGGUCAAUACUCGAAUCUUCCAAGCAUCUUGAAACUACCGCACUCCACAAAGACACCUCUUCCUGCACACAUAUAUUCACUCCAUAUACAAUACCAUACGGUGCUGAUCUUACUUCAUCGGCCAUUCCUCCGUCGAGAAAGGCAGCCGCCACAUCUGUCUGCAGAAAAGCCCUCGACCUCCCAUCAUCACCAUAUCUGCACCUCUUCGGCAGAGACUAUUUCCACCAUCCUGCGAGCUUACCGCUCAAACUAUACGUUGCGAAGGAUACCCAUCUCUACCGUUCAUGCCGUUGGCACAGCGUCAGUCAUUCUCUUGCUGGACGCUACCUCGCACGACGCAAAGAUGAGCCAUGCAGCCAUUCGAUUGUUGAAUUUUAACAUGACCUGCCUGCAAGAGAUGAGUACCGCUUGGACGUGGAGCCUACGUUCCAUCCGCUCUCUCCAGAUUCUUGCCGAAAAAUGGGCUGUCAACGAAAACUUGCAUGCCCAGAGCGAUCAGAAGCCGACAGUCCCAGCACCGGCAGCGAUGACGACCACGGAUAUGGAUGUUGAAGGCUUCGGCGGCUUCAACGACCUUGGCCCCGAGAUGGGGACCGAUCCUCUUGACGCUUUUGCCUCAACAAUCCUCGAUGCCGGGCCCGAGAAUAUCGACUGGCUCCUGGCCUUUGACGGCAGAGAAUCAGACCCACAGAUGGACUACGCUUUCUUCGCUCAGGAUCUGUGGGGGAUGGGUCCAUCUUGA